AUGAAACGUAAUCACUUCAAUGGAGAUCGCGACGAUCUGGGACAGUUACCUACCUAUGGAAAUCUACUUUACUUGUCGAGCAGAGAGUUCCGUAUAUGCGGUAACCCCUCGUCAGUCAACAGAAUCGCCCAUCCCUCUUUCGGACAUUCUCCAUUCGAGCACUCGCUCGCCCGGCUUCCCCCCGAUAGCUCGCGCAGAGCAGACGCGAGUUCUCAGGUAACAAAAUGGUGCAUCGUAUCGUUGAACCCUCGGCCAGGUAGGAACCCAAAAGUUAACCGGAUAAUCCUUCCGCGGUCCGCCCCUGCAGCCACAAUUGGCGAUCCUGCCAGGUUUUUCCCAUUUUCCACGGGAAAACAAAUUUUAAUCGUUUCGGCACCGGCUCUACCACGCUGUCGUCCUUCGUUGGUUGAAGGUGGCGACGAUCAAUCAAUUGCUGGGUCCUCCCUGUAUCCCGAUUACGGCAAUCAGAACCAGAAUCCUCGGUACGCCCUCCUCGGUAUGCAAACCCGUAUGUUCAGAGCGAACAAAGAGCACCCUUUUGAUGAUGAUGAUGAUGGCCUUGGCGAUGUUGGUGACAAUGGCGAAAAACAAUCCGCAGCUUCCGACCAAAUUGGCGACUGCACCCUCGCACCGGUUGUUUGUUGGCGGUGUACGGCAAUUGACAACCGUACCAGCAGGAAAAACUCUGUGGCAAACUGCAGGAAAACCACCGUUCGUGGCAAAUUCAGCCAAAUUUCGAUUUUGCGAUAGAAAAAAUUCACUUCGAGACGGUCGUGAAAAAAUGACAUCCGCACUAGUCGAGCUACUUGGAUGGAGUCAUAAUUAUGUCAAAAUUGUAACAAGUUACAAAAUAAUGGUAAAACUAUGACAAAGUUAUGACAUAAAGCGUGAAAUAAUUAUCGAAAUCAAUUCUAAGAACAAUAA